AAAAAUGAGCUUUUAAUGAAAUUCAAUUUACAAUUUAAAAGAAAUUUUAAAGUUAAAUUGUAGUAAUUGUGUAGAAAAAUAUUGAUAGUAUUUAAUAAAGUCUACAAUAAUGGCGGCAACGAGCAUUCGGGAUCAAAAAAUCGAACAGCAACGUCAAUUAAUGGAGCAAAAAAUGAAACAAAAAAGGCAAAACUUGGGUAUGGUGCAAGCAAACGAUUUGAGAGUAGGUUCAGCUAAACGACCCAUCUCUGGAAGUCGCUCUCGAGAACUACACGGCUAUGAUGGUCCAAUGCAAUUUCUUAUGUCGCCUGUAAACCCUGAUCAAGUAAUUCCCCUGCAAACUAAUAGAAUAUCCACAUACGAUGAACUAGGCAAUCAGAUUGAAGUACUGACUGUGGGUGAUGAUACUGGUGAACACAGUGGUGAGGAGGAGGGGGAGAGUGUACCAGUGUGUAGCGUAGGACGAGACGCUAGUACUGAUGAUAUCUGUGCUGACGCAGCUGUUGCUCCUAUAGGUAGACCUCCAAGGGAUCUAUCUCCGAGUCAGACUGCAGAAAUAGAAGGUUCAGUGGAAGGUGCCGUGGAGACAUUUGUGGUGACUCCAGCCAAACAUGGUACUCUGUACAAGUGUCGUAUAGCCAGAGACCGGAAAGGCAUGGACCGAGGCUUGUAUCCAACAUACUUUCUUCAUCUUGAAAAAGAUUAUGGGAAGAAAGUGUUUCUACUUGCUGGUCGAAAACGUAAAAAGUCAGCUACUUCGAACUAUCUGAUAUCAACAGACCCAACUGAACUCACAAGACAGGCUGAUAGUUUUGCUGGCAAACUUCGGUCCAAUCUGCUUGGGACAGCUUUUACUGUCUAUGAUAAUGGCAAAGCAUGGAAGAAGAGUCACAGGGAUCAAACAAGACAUGAGCUUGCUGCUGUUGUUUAUGACACAAAUGUGCUGGGUUUUAAGGGCCCUAGAAAAAUGACUGUUAUACUGCCUGGCAUGACACCAGACCGACAAAGAGUUGUCAUUGCCCCACAAGACGAGAGUGAAACACUUCUAGAACGUUGGAGAAGUCAAAACUUUGAUGAUGUGGUGGUUCUUCACAAUAAGACACCCGUGUGGAAUGAUGAAACACAAUCUUACGUGUUAAACUUUCAUGGAAGGGUAACACAAGCCAGCGUUAAGAAUUUUCAAAUUGUACAUGAUUCUGAACCAGAUUACGUAGUCAUGCAAUUUGGUAGGAUCUCAGAAGAUUUGUUUACUAUGGAUUUUAGAUAUCCACUUUGUGCCCUACAGGCAUUUGGUAUUGCUCUCAGUUCAUUUGACAGUAAAUUGGCUUGCGAAUAGACGGAACUACAAUAUUGUAGGUAGUUUUAUACAGUAUUUGUUUAUUGUAGAUAAUUUAUUUCUAAAGUUUGUAUAUUACUAUAUUUGUUUGUAUACUUGCCAUAAAACCGUACAAAUUAUUGUCUGGUACAUAACUGCCUAAUUUUUUUCUGAUCCAUUUAAAUUUAAAAUGUUUUUCACAUUGCACAAAGAUUGUUUUGUAUGCAAGAUUUGCAUUUUAUGUUUUGGCAAGUUUUAUGAAAUAUGUACGACUUUCGAAUAAUUGGCCAAUCAUGAGCAAGUUUUAAGAAAAUUUGAUGCAUAGCAUUGAAUGCAAAGUGUCCAAAAAGUAUUGUAGUUUUUAUAUUAAUUAAUACAAUGAGUGUAUAGUCGUUAAUUUUGUUUCUUGAAAUACUUUUUUAAAAUAGACCACCUAAAUGGUAACCAUUUGUGUUGCCAAUCGCUCGUACCGCCUAAAGUAUUUCUAAAUAUAACAAAAAAUGUAGGGGUGAAUUUACAGGGUCGUCGUACUGUCAUUUAAUACUAAUUGCAUUCCAAAUCAUUCCAGUGACCAUAAUUAUUAAUUAUUGUAGCUUAUACGCUUAAGAAUAUUAUGUAAGUCCACGUCCAAAAUUAGCUAGACCUUUGAAAUCUUAAAAAGAUAUUUUACAACUGUAUUCUUGUACGCUUAGCAAUCAAACAACACGCACACUCAUGCGCAAUUAUAUAUUGUUCACGCUUUUAUAAAUGUACCUUUUAAUUAUUUAAAGUUGUAAAUUGUGUGCUAGGACUGCUUGUUUAUUGAAUUCCCUCCUUAGUAUUUUCUCUUAUAAACUAACCCCCAUGUUAAUAAAAAUAUUUAUGGAGCAAUUAACUAUACAAGGUAUGCUAGUCUUUGUCAAGCAUAAUAUUGAAUAUGUUACGCUACAUUUCGGAAUUUGAAUAGUUAUGAUAUGUUACAUGAACAUCCUUAUUAUAAAGAGUAAGUACUAAGUAGUAUGCAUAUUAAGAGGGUAAAGCAAAUUUAUCAGUCCUAAAGCGAAAGUUUAUGUUAUAGGUUGUCAGAUUUUUAUCGCAUCGACCACAAAUCGAAUUAUUAGCGUUACUAUUAAGUAUGUAGUUGAUGUUAGAAUAUUAUAUUAAUAUUAUUAUAUGUAAGUACAAUC